CUCCGCAAUGCCCCCAGCUUCUUCCAUCUACGAAUUUGAGCUUAGAUGGACUACUCUCUCCUGCCAUCCUACUACUUUAUUACACAACCCCCCUUGAUAACCCCCCCAACCAGUCCAGAUGCAAGCCGAUCCAAGACAUAGAUCUACCCUGCCGAUCUGCGGGCCCGAUCGCAACAACAUCAAGAAAUCCCAGAUCAAAUUCAUUCGUCCAGCACAGAUGAGCUUGCUCGCUCGAGUGACGUGCUAUCCGCCAUUGGGCCAAGUAACCUGUUGUCCAAGGGUUGGAAAGCCCUCGGGGUCCCAGGAGCCUGAUACGAUUACUUUCACAGUGGUGCUAGAAUCAAGCACCUCAUUCCCCGUGCAGCCGUGGGAUGUCCAAGUAUGGCAUAACAUCGCUAGCUCUGAAUGGACCGCUUCUUCACUUGCGCAUUCCAAGCCUUCCGUGGCACCGCUCAUGACUGGCAGUGCAGAAACAUAUAAAUGUUUCCGCCAUGUCUUCUCCGGGGAAAUUACUCUCCCUGCAGACCCUGGAUAUGCACAGUUUACAGUUCGGUAUCGAAUCAAUCCGGACGCCGAGUGGCAGUGGGUGAACCAGCAUCAGAGUGUAAGUGACGGAGUCUUGGUGUUUGGUUCACAUAAUCCGGGGUUCAACUCCCUGGAGUCGACUUCCGCGGAGUUCAAGAAAUAUUUCGACAGCAUGUCUUCAAAUAUUGAAAUCCAGCCCAGGAAGAGCGAAGCCCCAGGGUCAAAUUUGUGGCAUCUUUCUGGAGAAGCUGAUCCAGCUCGCGAAGGUGAAUCUGGGUGCAAAGAGCUGACUUUGGGAGUGCCGGUAUCAGUCCUGCGGUACUUUUCCUUGGUACGGAUCUGGACUCCAUGGCUCGGACCAAGGCAUGGACAAGGCAAAUUUGCGUUGACUGAGGAUGCGAUAAUGUGCUCCUUUCUUCGGACAGAUGGCGUUCACGUCGUUCUUUUGGGAUUGUCUGGAACCGACAAUGUGUUGACGUUCUUUGGAUCGGGCCAAAACGGUGAAGUAGUAGUCAAAUCCCUCAGUGACAAUACGAAGCCGUCCAAGUUCCAGAUUCUGGCAUCUGCAUCGGAGGAUUUUGAGGUUGCUAUGAGUGCAAUCAUAUACGAGGCACGCAAGCUCGCAAGACCAUAUGCCGAACAGGAGAAACCUGAACCAAUCAGAGCUCCGGUUUCACCGCCACCGGACGACAUCGUGGUGGUUGAAAAGGACGUGAAGGCCCAAUGGUUGGCAGAGUGGUACGACGGCUUAACCUACUGUACCUGGAAUGGGCUCGGCCAGAACCUGACGGAAGACAAGAUCCUUCGCGGUCUUGAUUCGCUCAAGUCCCAUGGAAUCAAGAUCGCCAACCUGAUCAUCGACGACAAUUGGCAGACACUGGACGAAGCAGACUCGCAGUUUAAGAGGGGCUGGAGGCAGUUUGAAGGAAACCCCAAUGCCUUCCCCAAGGGCUUCAAGCAAACGAUUGAAGCGAUCCGGCGAAGUCAUCCAAACAUUGAACACAUCGCAGUGUGGCAUGCUAUGCUCGGAUACUGGGGAGGAAUCUCGUCGGGGGGUGAUCUUGCCAAAAAGUACAAGACCAAAAGAGUCGAGCUCAAAGUACCAGCUGUAGGAGGCACUAUCUCGCAUGCGUUCGAGAACGGGUCGAUUCUGGCGAUUGAUCCGGAUGAUGUCCAACGGUUCUACGACGACUUCUACAGAUACCUUGCGUCGAUCGGAGUGGAUUCCGUCAAGGCGGAUGCUCAGUUCUUCCUGGAUUUGAUCAAAGAUCCAGAAGACCGGAGGAGGUUUAUCACUGCCUACCAGGAUGCCUGGUCCAUCUCCACGUUGAGACACUUCAGCGCGAGGGCCAUAUCUUGCAUGUCCAUGUUCCCACAGGCCAUCUUCCACUCACAGCUUCCAACCAAUAAGCCAACCAUUCCUCUACGGAACUCAGACGACUUCUUCCCCGACAUUGAGGCAUCUCACCCCUGGCAUAUAUUCUGCAAUGCUCAUAAUGCGCUGCUCACCCGGUACUUGAACGUUGUUCCAGACUGGGACAUGUUUCAGACAAGCCACCCCUACGCCGGGUUCCAUGCCGCGGCGCGUUGUGUGUCUGGAGGCCCGGUCUAUAUCACAGAUGAGCCAGGCAAGCAUGACGUCUCGUUGAUUGACCAAAUGACCGCUUCGACCGUACACGGGGGAACCGUAAUCCUCCGACCAAGCCUGAUCGGCCGCUCUAUGGACAUGUACCACGACUACAACGAGGGCCAUAUCGUCCGUGUGGGUACCUACACAGGCUGGGCUCGAACCGGCAGCGGAAUCCUGGGCCUGUUUAAUAUCUCCACAACCGAGAAGUCCACCAUGGUCCACUUGCUAGACUUCCCCGGAAUCCACCACGAUUCCCAGGGCGAGUACAUCAUCCGCGCCCACACCAGCGGCAUGAUUACCGAGAACUUGCAAGUCUCAGACACGGGCUCGCUGGUUUCCGUAGCAUUACCCCAGAAAGGCUGGGAGAUCCUGACUACCUAUCCUACUCACACUUUCAACAUGAAAACAACAAGCCCAACCAAAGUGGCGGUCCUAGGCCUGAUCGGCAAAAUGACUGGCGCCGCCGCACUAAUCUACUCCGACAUCUACCUAGAAAACAACGGCCGCAUCCGAUUCGAUAUCAGUCUGAAAGCACUCGGGACCGUAGGAAUCUAUUUCUCGGAUCUAUGGAACUGGAGUAUUGAAGAGAACUUCAUGGUCACGAUUCUCGGGAAACCUGUUCCGCGCAAAACCGUGUGGAAAGAAGGCGGCGAUGACAGCAAUGUCCUGGCUGUGGAUAUCCAAGCGGCUUGGAACGAGAUGAGUCUGAAGGCUGGAUGGAGCAAUGACGUCCUUGUUGAGAUCUUCGUUGGUUGAUGUACACAGUUUAGUUCGGUUCAGUUCAUGAUCGAGGAAAUAGGGUAAUAUGACCGCUUAUGUGCUACUACAAUCCAACUCGGUUGAACAAAUAUAUGAGUGAACUUCGAAUGUCUCAAUAUCUUCUAGCUGCUACGCAGUACCUAACCUACCCGAUAUUGCUCGUGUGCUGUGAUCGGUAUCGCUUAGUUGGUACAUGCCGAAACGGAUCAAAGAAUUCUCGGGCCAUAAAAGCAAAGCAUAUCUUGCCAUGACUGAAACAAUGAUAUACUAUUAUUCCAAGCGGAUUUUGUACAAUAUCAAAGGAGUGAGUGCGAUAAUAAAACAAAACGAAAACCAAAACUUAUGA